GCAAAAUACAUCUCUCAGUGCAUCGAUGAGAUCAAGCAGGAGCUGAAGCAGGACAACAUUGCGGUGAAGGCGAACGCAGUCUGCAAGCUGACAUAUUUGCAGAUGCUGGGCUAUGACAUCAGCUGGGCUGCUUUCAACAUCAUUGAAGUCAUGAGUGCAUCCAAGUUUACAUUCAAAAGGAUUGGUUACCUUGCUGCCUCCCAGUGCUUUCAUGAAGGGACUGAUGUCAUUAUGUUGACAACUAAUCAGAUCCGGAAGGAUCUGAGUAGCCCUAACCAGUAUGAUACUGGAGUUGCACUGACUGGCUUGUCCUGUUUUGUUACUCCAGAUCUUGCCAGGGACUUGGCAAAUGACAUCAUGACCUUGAUGUCCCACACAAAGCCUUACAUCAGGAAGAAGGCAGUGCUGAUCAUGUACAAAGUGUUUCUGAAAUACCCCGAGUCCCUCCGGCCUGCAUUUCCUCGCCUUAAGGAGAAACUUGAAGAUCCAGAUCCUGGAGUGCAGUCUGCUGCAGUCAAUGUGAUCUGUGAGUUGGCUCGACGCAACCCCAAAAACUACCUGUCCCUUGCUCCACUCUUCUUCAAGUUGAUGACAUCAUCAACCAAUAAUUGGGUUCUCAUUAAAAUUAUAAAACUGUUUGGUGCUCUUACUCCAUUAGAACCGAGAUUGGGAAAGAAACUGAUUGAGCCCCUGACCAACCUCAUCCACAGCACCUCAGCCAUGUCUCUCUUAUAUGAAUGUGUGAACACAGUAAUAGCAGUGUUGAUCUCUCUGUCCUCAGGGAUGCCCAACCACAGCGCCAGCAUCCAGCUCUGUGUUCAGAAGUUGAGGAUAUUGAUAGAAGAUUCUGAUCAGAACUUGAAGUACCUUGGACUGUUAGCUAUGUCCAAAAUCCUGAAAACACACCCCAAGUCAGUUCAGUCUCACAAGGAUCUCAUUCUCCAAUGUCUGGAUGACAAGGAUGAGUCUAUCCGGCUCAGAGCUCUAGAUCUCCUCUAUGGCAUGGUAUCAAAGAAGAACUUGAUGGAGAUUGUGAAGAAACUGAUGAUUCAUGUGGACAAAGCUGAAGGGACAACGUACAGAGAUGAGCUGCUGACCAAAAUCAUAGACAUCUGCAGUCAGUCCAACUACCAAUACAUCACCAACUUUGAAUGGUACAUAAGCAUCCUGGUGGAGCUGACCCGGCUGGAAGGCACUCGGCACGGGCACCUCAUCGCAGCUCAGAUGUUGGAUGUGGCCAUCAGAGUGAAAGCUAUCAGGAAGUUUGCAGUGUCUCAGAUGGCAAUGCUGCUGGACAAUGCUCACCUCAUAGCCAGCAACACACAGAGGAAUGGCAUCUGUGAGGUGCUCUAUGCUGCUGCUUGGAUCUGUGGGGAGUUCUCAGAACACCUCGAGGAGGCAAACCAAACCUUAGAAGCAAUGUUGAGGCCUAAAGUUACAACUCUGCCAGGCCACAUCCAGGCAGUCUAUGUUCAGAACAUGGUGAAGCUCUAUGCAUCCAUCUUGCAGCAGAAGGAGCUGUCUGGGGAGAAGGAAGCAGCUCAGGAGAUCACCCAGAUGAUGAUCGAGCGGCUGCCACAGUUCGUACAGAGUGCGGAUCUGGAGGUUCAGGAGAGGGCUUCUUGCAUCUUGCAGCUAAUAAAAUAUAUUCAGAAGCUACAAGCAAAAGAAGUUCCUGUGGCUGAGGAAGUAAUAGCUCUGUUUGCUGGUGAGCUGAACCCUGUGGCUCCUAAAGCACAGAAGAAAGUUCCUGUCCCAGAGGGCCUGGACCUUGAUGCCUGGAUCAAUGAACCUCCAUCAGACAGUGAGUCGGAAGAUGAAAAGCCCAAAACAAUCUUCCAUGAGGAGGAACAAAAGCAUUCCAGACAUAGACAGCCAGAAGUAGAUGAAGAGGAGCUGGCCCAGCGUCGGGAGGCUCGGAAACAGGAGCAGGCCAACAACCCAUUUUAUAUUAAAAGUUCUCCUUCCCCUCAGAAGCGAUACCAAGACACUCCAGGAGUGGAACAUAUUCCUGUGGUCCAGAUUGACCUUUCUGUCCCAUUAAAAGUUCCAGGCAUGCCCAUGUCAGACCAGUAUGUGAAACUGGAAGAAGAGAGAAGACAUAAACAGAAACUGGAGAAAGACAAGAAAAAGAAGAAACAGAAAAAGGAGAAGAGAGGGAAACACCAUCGCCACAACUCUCUGCACACAGAGAGUGAGGAGGACAUUGCUCCAGCUCACCACGUGGACAUCAUCACAGAGGAAAUGCCAGAGAAUGCUUUGCCCAGUGACGAAGAUGACAAAGAUCCCAAUGAUCCCUAUAAGGCACUCGAUAUAGAUCUGGAUAAACCCUUAGCAGACAGUGAGAAGUUGCCAGUGCAGAGACACAGAAAUGUUGAGACCCUGAAGUCACCAGACUCAGAAGUUCCUGUAGUAGAGAAGAAGAACAAGAAACCCAAAAAGAAGGAAAAGAAACACAAAGAAAAAGAGAGAGAGAAAGGAAAGAAGAAAGAGAAAGGGGAAAAGGUGGUAGAGGAGGAGGAGGAAGAAGAAGAAAAAAAGGGGGAAGACUUGGAUUUCUGGCUCUCCACUGCUCCCCCACCUGCUCCCACAGUCCAGCCACAGGGCGAGCCUGGAAUGGGAGCUGCUGUGGUGGCUGAACCUCAAGAGGUAAAAAAGGAAGAAAGGGAAGAGCAAAAUGAGGAGGAGGAUGAUGAAGGAAAGAAAUCCUCCAAGCAUAAGAAGAAAAAGCACAAGAAAGAGAAAGAAGAUAAAUCAAAGGAUAAAAAGAAAUCAAAAAAAAAGAGUCAUCACAGUGAGGAGGAGCCCACAGAGUCAGUGCAGAAUGGAACACUAGAUGAUGAGCCACUACCACCCAUGUCCAGCUAUCGCCUUCUGGCUGAAAAUCCAUACAUCAAAAUGACCUAUGAUAUACAAGGAAACCUCCAGAAUGAUAGCCAAGUCACUGUCUCUGUUAUCUUUGAGAACAAAAGCGCUAGCUUCCUUAAAAGCAUGGAACUAAAUGUCCUGGACUCUCUCAACACUAAAAUACUGCGACCUGAAGGAUCAUCAGUACACGAUGGGAUCCCUGUGCCCUUCCAGCUCCCCCCGGGAAUCUCUAAUGAAGCCCAGUUUGUGUUUACACUUCAGAGUAUUGUUAUGGCUCAGAAGUUAAAAGGAACACUCUCCUUUAUAGUCAAAAAUGAUGAAGGUUCAACCCAUGAAAAACUAGAUUUCAAAUUGCACUUCAGUUGUGCUUCAUACUUGAUCACGACGCCUUGCUAUAGUGAUGCUUUUGCCAAGCUCCUAGAGUCUGGAGACCUGCACAUGAAUUCUAUUAAAGUAGAUGGAAUUAGCAUUUCUUUCCAACAUCUAUUGGCAAAGAUCUGUUUUCAUCAUCAUUUUUCGGUUGUGGAACGCGUUGAUUCCUGUGCAUCCAUGUACAGUCGUUCUAUCCAAGGCCAUCACGUCUGCCUACUGGUAAAAAAGGGAGAGAACUCUGUAUCAAUAGAUGGGAAAUGUAAUGAUUCCACCCUGCUUAGCAACUUGUUGGAUGAGAUGAAAGAGACAUUGUCCAAGUGCUGAAUAUUCCUUAUCAAAUAUUCCAAUGACAAGAAACGCACCCACCGAGCAGACCCAAGUGUUAAGUUUCUCCCUCAUCCGCAUGUACUACCCUGGGGCACGUGCUUUCACUCACCUCCACCGUUGGUUGCAGUUUAGACAUUUUAAGGCUGUAUGUUACCUUUUUAUUUCAGAACCUUUUACAAACUGUGGUGUUAACCCUUUCUAGCCCAAA